AUGCCGGACCACUUGGGAGAUGACAUGAGAAAAUUGAAAACUGAGCCUGAACAAGAGGAAAAAGAAAUAAAAUCUCUGGAUGAAGGAGACAUUGCCCUUUUGAAGACCUACGGCCAAGGCCAAUACACAAAAAGCAUCAAAACCGUCGAAGAAGACAUCCAAACCAUCAUCAAACGAGUAAACGAACUCACAGGUAUCAAAGAAUCUGAUACUGGUUUGGCUCCACCAGCCCUGUGGGACUUGGCAGCUGAUAAACAAACAUUACAAAAUGAGCAGCCACUCCAAGUGGCCAGAUGCACCAAAAUCAUCAAUGCAGACACUGAUGAUCCAAAAUACAUUAUCAAUGUUAAACAAUUUGCUAAAUUUGUGGUGGACUUGGCUGAUUCUGUUGCACCUACUGAUAUUGAGGAAGGAAUGAGAGUUGGAGUUGAUCGUAACAAGUACCAAAUCCACAUUCCUUUGCCUCCAAAAAUUGAUCCCACUGUUACAAUGAUGCAGGUAGAAGAAAAACCUGAUGUAACUUACAGUGAUGUUGGAGGUUGUAAGGAACAAAUUGACAAACUAAGGGAAGUUGUGGAGACUCCACUAUUGCAUCCUGAAAAAUUUGUAAAACUUGGUAUUGAACCACCAAAAGGUGUCCUCCUAUUUGGCCCACCUGGUACAGGAAAAACGCUUUGCGCCCGUGCUGUAGCCAACCGUACUGAUGCCUGCUUUAUCAGAGUAAUUGGUUCAGAAUUAGUACAAAAAUACGUAGGAGAGGGUGCCAGAAUGGUGCGUGAAUUAUUCGAAAUGGCCCGCUCCAAAAAGGCCUGUCUAAUUUUCUUUGAUGAAAUUGAUGCUAUUGGUGGGGCCAGAUUCGAUGAUGGAGCUGGUGGGGACAACGAAGUCCAAAGGACUAUGUUGGAGCUGAUUAAUCAGCUUGAUGGUUUUGAUCCUAGAGGAAAUAUUAAGGUUCUUAUGGCCACUAACAGGCCUGAUACUUUGGACCCUGCACUGAUGAGACCUGGACGUUUAGACAGGAAAGUGGAGUUUGGAUUGCCAGAUUUGGAAGGCAGGACGCAUAUUUUUAAAAUUCAUGCUAGGUCUAUGAGUGUUGAAAGGGAUAUUAGAUUUGAGCUUUUGGCUAGGUUGUGUCCGAAUUCAACUGGUGCAGAAAUCAGGUCAGUGUGCACCGAGGCAGGUAUGUUUGCAAUCAGAGCUAGGAGGAAGGUGGCAACGGAAAAAGACUUUUUGGAAGCUGUUAAUAAGGUUAUCAAGUCUUAUGCCAAGUUUUCGGCCACCCCCAGAUAUAUGACUUAUAAUUAA